UAUAGCGUUUGAUUUCAGUUGCAAUUCCUAAAGAGUGAUAAAAGAUUUCUAAUUAUUUUGAUUUUUGAUUAUUUGCUUUAAUAAAUUCAUGCAUAUAAAAACAAACAACAUAAUUAGCAACAUAAAGUUUUAUAUUUGACUACAGUUUCAUAUUUAAAAGUUUCGUGAUUUUGUGAAGACAUUAAUUAAAUAAGUGAAAUAACUGUUUUUGUGGAACACUAUAAAAAAAUAUUUCUAAUUAUUUGCGAAAGCAGUCGAUAAACAUGAUUAUAGAACUACUGUGGAUAAUUAUUGAAAAUUUUUCAAAAUUUUGGAUAGUGUUUGCUAUUUUACUAUAUAUUGGCGUAUAUAUAAUUGAAAAUGUAUUGGAUUUACCAGCGCAGCAGAGCAUACAAGACAUCAUCAUAUCUAGGAAUAUUAAACAAAAUACGAAUGAGCCGAUGACUUCACAGGCGAAACAUGUUCAAUUGGAUUCCAGUAAUAGAGAGUUAUGGAAAGAGAAUUGGAUACUCAGAGAAAAUCAGAGUCAUAAAAGCUCUGUUUCUACUAACAGUGGCCAUGAUAAUAAUAAUGAAGUUGAAUUGAAGAAAUUGAAUGUGCAAAAACUUCCAGAAUAUGUGCCAAUGUAUAUUCCUAAUAAUGUUAGCGGUAAUAAUCAAAAUGAAUAUGAAACAAACACGCCAAUUUCUGACUCAGUAGAGUCCUUAGAAAAAGAAGUUGUAGAAAAAUUACACGAACAUUUGGAUGAAAAAUUGAAAUUAGUUAAUGAUUUACAAGAUACUGAAAACAGUCAAAAUUUAGAACAGCAUGACAUAUCAGAUUCUGAGAUGGCCUGCGGAUGGGUUUUGAUAAGGCCUAAAAUCGGAGAAACUUCCGUAGAUGAUUUAAGUGAUUUAAGUGAAAGUGAGACUGCCGAUCAAAAUCCAGAUGAAAUGACCCAGUCAAAAGAAAACAUUUCUCCUGAAAGUUUAACAAAUGAAAAUUUGGAAAGUGGAGAUUUUAUGAAAUUCAAUAACAAGGGCGUUAACUUAUAUGUAAAUGGAGAAAAAAUUGAUUGCGAUAAAUUGGUUCCUAAAAAUAGAAAACUUGAAGAAAAUUUUCAACAUAUUGAUAACAAAAUAGAGAUUUUGCAACAAACAAUAGAUAGUGAAUAUGAUAAACUAGUAACAUGUGAUAAUAAUGACACAAAUCAGUUAGUAACUACACCAGCUUUAGAUGUUCCAAAUUUAGAUCUACCAAAUAACUUGACAUUAGAUCAACAAAUAGAAAAGUUAAACCAAAAAAUUAAUGAAGAGUAUACGAUGGUUGUUUCCAAUGAGAACAACUCAUUUGGUGAAGAUAAGAUUUGUAAACAAUAUCUUGAAGAAGAUGAAAUUGAAAAAGAAACGUGUACGAUUAUUACGCCAAAUAUUCAAAUUAUAGAGGCGAUUUCGAGUGAAGAACUGCCAUGUAUCGAAAAGACAAGAGAGUCUACUAUUGAAUAUGAUCACGUCAAUUCUGAUCAUUGCAUCAACGUUGAGAAGGAAAUAGUUAACAAUCAGCAAGGUCCAUCAUUAUGGACAAAAAAUCCAAUUGAAAACGAUCAUACAAUAGUUUGCAAUAAAAUAGCUCCAGCUAAUUUAGAUGGUAAUAUUGAAAAAUGUAUGUCAAAAAAAUGUAUACAACUAAAUGAUGAAUGCAAUGAAGAUCACGCAAUUCAAUCUCACGUAUUACCUGCUUGUAAUAAAGAUACGGAUAUUGCCGUAAUUGAAGAAUCAAUUAUAAAAAUAACAUUGCCUGUCAUUGCCAAGAGUGUUGAACCUCAAGAUCUUGAAACAGCAUUGGUAGAUAAUUCCAAAAAUAAUGAAUUAAUAAAAUGUGAGGUACAGAAAACACAGUAUGUUCCAGAAAUCACGGUAAUUCUCGCGGAAGAUACAAAAACUCAAAGUAUUGUCAAUACAACAUUGAAUUACCAAACCCCAAAAAGUAGUGAAACGCUUGAAAAUUACAUAACGAUAGAAAAAAAGACAGAAAUUGCUCAGUCAAUUAUUCCAUCUAAUGAAAAUCAAAAUACAAUAUUAGAAAGUGGUGAUAACUCAUGUCCUUCAAUGAACGUGAGAACUGCUGAAUUUAUAAAUAUUGUUGAAAAAAAUCCAGUUUUGUUAUCAAGUCGUGAAGAAGCAAGUGAAAUUUUUACAAUUUCAUAUGUAAAUAAUAGUUGUAAUAGUAGUAAUGAAAUCAAUGAAACUGUGAAUUCUGAGUGCAAUACAAUGAAGGAUAAUACUCCGCUAUUAUCGAUUAGUUUCCAAGAACUUGAUAAAACUGAUAUAAUUGAAUACCCUUUACAAACUAAUGAUUAUAUUACUUUAAAUUUACAGAAUAAAGAGAAAAACGAGAAGGAAUCUGUUAAAGAUAAUAAAAUCAACACAAUCAUUAAUAAAGAUUCUGAAAAAAAUCCAGAUAACACUCCACUAAAACAGAAGGAGCAAAUUGUUUUUAAAGAAGACAAUGAAAAUAGAGCGUUGGUAUCAGAUAACCAAAAUUUUAAUCUAUUGACAUUCGAAAUUCCUAAUAUUCACGAAGCAAAUAAUAACUUACGAAAUGUAAUGAUAGCAAAUAAGAUAUUAGAUAAAUCUGAAACUCAAGAAGAAACUGCAGAUAAAACAAAUGUUGUAACUGAAGUUUUCAUACCAGAUGUAAACAAAGAAACUGACGAAAUACAUGAUAUCAAUAGAUAUGAAAAUGUUUUGAACUUUUUACAAGAGAAAAGUGCAGAAAUAACAUUGCCAGACGAACAGAAAAUUAUUCAAUCUAACCAAGGUAGUUUGGAUAAAAAUGAUGAACUUCCGAUUAUAAUAAAAGAACAUUUAAAAGAUGAAUAUUUAGGAAAUAAUCUUAUUAUAAAAGAUGAUGAUAAUCCUCAAAAUGUCAUAAGUUUAAACAAAUCGGAGGCUGAUAAUAGUUUAAUUUAUAAGCAAGAUGUGCAAUCCCUGAAUGAUAGUUUUGAAAAUUAUAUAAAGAAAAAUGAGAUAAAUCGAUAUGAGACCUCAGAUACCUUAAAACUGACCUCAAUGGAUAAUCGCUAUAAUUCCAACAGCUCAAAUCAAAAUUUGCUGAAACCUCAAAAUGAUGAAAGUAAAAUUGAAACUGAAACAUUGCAUUCAAUUAGAAAAAUAUCAGGAUUAGAUAAAGAUAUAAAUAAAAAUCUAAACCAAAAUCAAAAUACACAAGUAUUGACCAAAGAUACUAAUAUAGAAAGUGAAGAUGAUACAUUUGACAUAGAGAAGAAUUUGAUGUUUAUUCCAGGUUCUAUAGCGGAACGCGAGCAUAAGAAAUGGCUAAAACCUGACAUAUCAAUGCCUCGAAAUCCAUAUACUUUUGAAGCAAUAUCUGACAGACUCAAGAACCAAAAUAGUAUUAAAUACGAAUUGCCAAAAAGGUCAAUAUCAUUGGAUGAAAGGAAAACAUUGUAUUCUCAUCUAUUGGAGAGUCAAAGAAAUGAUAUUACAAGGUAUGGUCGAGAUUACUACAUAAACGAAGCAAAGCAAGCCAGUGGUACAAAGAAAUUAAAAUCACCAAACGGAUUCGAAAGUUUUCAAACAAUCGCUGAAUAUAAUGAAGAAUUCAACAAAGCCGAUGAACUAGAACGAAAACAAAACGAGGACUUCUUAUUCACUACGAAGCCAAUAGUUUUAGAAGAAAUCAAAGAAGAAAAGCUUCCAACGCAAGGUAAAACAUUAGAAAUCAGCAACAAAAUAAAUGAAAGAAAUAAUUUGAAGGAUUCAAAAUAUCCUGUUGCUGAGAAAUUUGUUGUGCCUAUAAUAAAAUUUGAACCUAUAUUAGGUACUUAUGAAGACGAACUUUCCGCUGAAAUAAAAAGAUUCAGCAAAACACCAAACAAAGUUGAUAUAAACAAUGAAAUAACAAAAAAAAUAGUAGAAGAGAAUAAACAUAAUUUAGAGAAAGAUCUAAACACAAAUAAAAGUAAUAUAGCAAAAAACUAUAAAAGCCACACAUUGUACCCAAUUGGAGAUGAAAAAAGUAAAUUAAAGGAUUCGGUAAGCAAUCAUGUACAAAGUGUGUAUCAACCUUUUGUAAAUUCAUCUCACAACGCAACGUUAAAUUCUCAUUCAAUUCCGGAUUUUGUCGAUACAAGCUUUUUAAGCAAUGCAAAAUCUAACGACGUCGAAACGCCGCCUGUAAAAAAUAAUUUUGCUUACAAGGAAAUAAACCAAAGAACGAUUAUUAAUUAUAAACCAAAAGAUGAUCAUGAUUCUUAUGUUCACAAACGUUAUGAAGAGAUUUUACCAGAUUUUGACUGUGACAAAAGUUUGGAUAAAAUCGAAAUUAUUGAGAUUUCAAACAAUCAAGGAAUAAGUAAUAACAGAUCUACACCAAAUUUGACAUAUUCAAAUUUGAAGGAACCAGUAGAGAACAAAGCAGAACUAGUAAUUCAUCAAACAGAUAGUACUAUGCAGCAAAAUUUAGAUUCAAAGUUUGUGAAAGAAAUUUCGAAAAAUUAUUUACAAAAUAAAAAUUUCACAGGACGAAAAUUUACAAACCAAAGAGAUUCUCACGCAGGAAACGAAAAGCCCGCUAGAUGGAAUGAGGUACACAGUUUAACGGCCAGAAAUUUAUCCAAAGAAUUUCGUGAUAACUUAAAACAAAAUAAGGUUGCACCUGACAAUAUGUUUGACCAGAAUUCUUACAUGUCGCACACGAUACCUCAAAAUGGUGACCCGCAUUCAACAACAGAUCAAACAGAUAUUGGAAAGAGGGACAAGGUGAAAACAUAUGCAUAUUAUUCAGAAAUGAACAGUGAUGUCAACAAGAAAGUAUUCGAUAAUACAAAGCAGCAUUCUUUAGAACCAAAUAUGAACAAAUUCAAUGAUAGCCAACAGAACAAUUAUCAGUAUGUACACAAAGAAACACAAUAUAAAUUUGUUCCGAAAUUUGAAAGAAACUUUUCAAAAAGUUGUGAAAAUUUAAGAGGGCUUAACCCAAAAUAUGAUAAUGAAUUUGAAAUAAAUUCUAAAGAAAGAUCAAAGAACUUGGACGAUUUGCCAAAACCAGGAAAACUUAAAAACACCGUUGAGUUUCCUUCUAAAAAUAAAAAGCCAUGUCAUAAGAAAGUCAUCACAACACAGGACUGUUAA